CUUACAGAUUGUGGGAUUUUGUCCAAAAAAAUAGCUAAAAUAAAUUUUAGAGCGUAUAGCGCGUACCCAGAAGUACUCCAGCCAGAAUUAACGGAAAUAAGAAAUGCUGGAACUUGGAAAAAUGAACGAAUUAUCGUUUCGUCCCAAAGGACAAAUAUUGAAUUAAAUACUGGGCAUAAAGUUUUAAACUUUUGUGCUAAUAAUUAUUUAGGACUGUCGGACAAUCAAGAGCUGAUUACUGCGGCAAAAGAAGCUUUAGAUAAAUACGGAGCGGGAUUAAGCUCAGUAAGAUUCAUUUGUGGAACCCAAGAUAUACAUCGGCAAUUAGAGGCUAAGAUUGCUGAGUUUCAUGGUAGAGAAGACGCUAUUGCUUAUGCCUCGUGUUUCGACGCGAACGCGGGUCUUUUUGAGAUUCUACUGAAGCCCGAGGAUGCUGUAAUAAGCGACGAGUUGAAUCACGCUUCAAUAAUCGAUGGAAUUAGAUUGUGCAAAGCACAGAAAUUCCGGUACCAGCAUAGAAAUCUUGUUGACUUGGAAGCUAAACUUCAGGAAACUCAGUCAGCUCGUUUGAGGCUUAUCGUUACAGAUGGUGUUUUCUCAAUGGAUGGAAAAGCACUGGGAGGAGCUGCUGGCGGGUAUACUACUGGAUCAAAAAAAUUAAUUGAUUUAUUGAGACAACGUAGUAGGCCUUACUUAUUUUCAAAUGCCUUACCUCCACCAGUAGCUGCAAUUGGAAUUAAGGCGUUGGAUUUGGUGAUGAAUAAUCCUUCGUUGAUGUCUCGUGUCGAAGAAAAUACUCAGCGCUUUCGAAAGGCAAUGAAAUCAGCUGGAUUUACAAUAAACGGCGAUAACCAUCCCAUAGCUCCAGUGAUGCUGGGUGACGCGAAAUUAGCCUCUACAUUUGCUGAUAAAAUGCUUGAAAGAGGAAUUUAUGUGAUAGGAUUCAGCUAUCCGGUGGUACCGAAGGGUAAAGCGAGGAUUAGAGUACAGCUAAGCGCAGUACACACUCCAGAGGAUAUUGAUCGUACGGUAAAUGCUUUCGUUGAAAUAGGAAAAGAGCUUAAUGUUAUAUAA